UUUGAGGCAUUUUAACUGAGAAGCGUCUAGAAAGGAAAGAUAAAAUCAUCGCACUUGCAAAACAGUCCUGAUCAAAGCCGCCCCCUUAGAAAAGAUUGUGCCAAUAAAGUUGAAAUCUUUGGUAUAGAAAGUUUUCUUGUUGUUCUUGUAUUCUGCCCAUUUGUUAUCUAAGAAAACAGUACUGGGUUUCUCGAAAAAAGACCAGAUUUUGGGUAUUUUGCAGCUUGGGGGCACUUUUAAACUUUUCCCAAAAAAAGGUUCUUUUGUGGGCAGAAAAAAGAGGAAGUGAGGGGAGAUGGAGAUGAUGUACUAUCAGCAGGUGGGGAGGUCUUACAAUGAAACUUUGAAAGUUUUGGAGUCUGAUAUACAGUAUGCAAAUGUUAUGGCUGCAGCAAUUCCGAAAGCUAAGGAUGGUGCACAACUUCAAAUGAAAUUGGUUUAUAAUCAAUUGUCACCUCUCUUUUUAUUUUUGCUUCAAUGGAUGGAUUGUUCCUGCAUGUGCUUUUUCCCAAGAUACUUCAAUUUUUUCCACAUACUUAUUUGCAAGGUAUAUACAGAUGGGAGGCCGAAAAUAUCGUCAUGUGGAAGGAAAGCAACUGUUAAAGAUUUUUAUGCUGUUAUAUUGCCAUCGCUUCAACGACUCCAGAGUGAAUUCGUAGAGAUGGAUAGUACUGGACACGGUGAUCCUUGUCUGAAAAGCAUUGGCAAGCAGAGACAAGAAGGGGAUGACAGGUUUUCCAACUACAAUUUGCAAAGAGAUGAAGAAUGCGGGAUAUGCUUAGAGCCCUGCACCAAAAUGGUCUUACCUAAUUGCUGCCAUGAAAUGUGCAUAAACUGCUAUCGUGACUGGAGUACAAGAUCGGAGUCGUGCCCAUUUUGUCGUGGUGGCCUAAGGAGAGUCGAAUCAAGAGAUCUAUGGGUUCUUACAUGCAACGAUGAUGUGGUUGACACUAACACUGUCACUAGAGAGGACUUGUUUCGUUUCUACUUGUACGUCAGUAGACUGCCAAAAGAUUCCCCUGAUGCCCUGUUCUUAAUGUAUUAUGAACACUUAAUAUGAUGUGAAAUAAAAAUGGUGUACAGAUAGAAGAAACUGAUUUUCAAAUGUAAAGUUCUCUCAUUGACACAGAAUAAACCACCACUUUUCUUGAAGUGGUGCUCUGUAGGAUUUCUGUAAAUUAUAUUGGAAGUUGAAUUAUUACCAAAAUUCGUGUUUCAACUUGAU